AUGAAAAAUUAUACAUUCAAUUUCGUCAAUGAAAAAAAGGAAAAGAAAACAGUUAAGCAAUAUGAUAAUAUUAUUACAGAAACUUUAUGUAGUUAUAAAAAAUACUGUGGUGUCCAUAAAAAAAAGGAUGACAAUGAUUAUAAUUAUAAUAAUUUGAUCGUUGAAAAAAAGAUUAGACAUAUAGAAGAUAAUAUUAAAGAAAACAAUUUCAUCCAUUUAAAUGAUGUAAAAAAAGAUACAUUUCAAUAUAAUAAUGAAUCGUAUUUUAGAAAUUUUAAUAUCAACUUAUGUGUACGAAAAGAAUUAUUGAAAGAUAACAUAUUAAAUAAAAUAAAAUAUUAUAUAAAUGAAUAUGUAUAUGAUGUAAAAGAUAAAAUUAGUCAUGAAAUAUUACAUGCUAAUGAUAAGAAAAGAUUAUUAAAAACAUAUAUAUAUGAAUUAAAAAAAAAUAAUUUCCUUAUUCUAGAAAAUUUAUACUUCUAUUUUUGUAUCAUCAAUAACUAUUAUGAUUAUGCAUUAACAAAAAUGUUUCAUAGUUUAUUAUUAGUUUUUAAUCAAAAAGAAGAAAAAGAUAUUUUAAUUGUCAUAUACUUAUUCCUCAUUUUAUUAAAUGAAAAUAAUAUUAAUAAAUAUAUUUCAUAUAUAUUUGACUGUCUCAUUCUUAUCUUAAAUGCUGAUAAGUAUAAUCUACCCACCGAUGAAAGAGAUGACACACAUCGUUUGUUUGAUCAUAAACCUAUGGUACUUAAAAAUUAUGUUGUAAAUGAGAAUGGACGAUAUUUCUUGUUCCUAUAUUUUUAUUACCUCCUAUUUAUAAUAUCUAAACAACAAUUUUCAAAUUACUCAGACAAAAUAAUUCGAAUUUGUUUAGUUGGAUUGUUUGAUUGUUGCAGUUACAUAAAUGAGAUAAUGAUGAAUUUGAUUGAAAAGAUUAUAAACGAAAUAGAAGAUGAAUACAUAAAUUAUCAUUAUAUUAUUUGUACAAGUCUUUUAAAAUGUCUAUGUAAUAGGUAUAGUAAAAUAAAAAUUCUAUGCAUGGAUACAAUGAUUAAAUUAAUUAUAAAAAAUAAUAAUAAUUCUAAAAAUUAUAAAAUUAUUGAGAUGUUAAUUGGUUAUAAGGAUCCUAAUAUAAUUCCUAUAAAAAGUUUUUAUGAUUCAAAUUAUGUUCAUAUAAAUUAUUUAUGCAUAUUAUUUAAUGAUAAAAAUACAAAAGUUAAAUUCCAUUUUUAUUCAUUUCUAUUUAUAUUAUUAUAUGAAUAUACUGAUUCCAAUGAUUUCGUUACAUUUUUAUUACCUUAUAUUUUUUCAGCCUGUUUUGAUAAUUACAAAAUAUUUAGAUUAUUAUCAUUCUUAUAUAUACAAUUAUUAUCAAAAAAGAAAACAUUUCAUGUAAAUAACAAUAUUAAAGAAGAAAUUAUAUAUGAAUUUUAUCCUGAAUGGUCAUAUAAAACAAAUUAUACCUUACCCUUACCAUUAACCCUUUAUUAUUUUCCUCAUUCAUAUAAUAACUCCUUCUUAAUAAACCAAAAUAUGUAUCAACUUAAUUUACAUAUUAUAAAUGAUAAAGAAACAAAAGAAGAACAAAAUAACGAUGAAAUGAAAAAAAAAUUUCAUAUAAAAUGUCAUCUUCCAAGAGAUGAUAUGAAUGAAAAUAUUAAUAUAAAAGAAAAUAAUUAUAAUAAUACAAUAUCUGAUAAUGUAAACGAAAUGAUUUACAAUUUGACGGAAGGACAUAAAAAACAAAAUGAAUAUAGUAAAGAAUAUUAUGAAUUAUUACUAAAUAAUUUCAUCAAAAGUAAUAAACAUAUUUCAAAUAUCUUAAUAGAAAAUAAAAUAACAAAUAUUGAUAUAACACACAACAAAUUUAAUAUAGAAUGUAAACAACUAGCUUUUACAUUAUUAAAUUCAUACUUUAAAUAUUUAUAUAAAAAUAUAGAUGAUUGUACAAAUUUUGAAAAAUUAGAGAGAAGCAAAAUUAUAUUACUAAUUUUUUAUUUUAUUGAAGAUAAUAUAACAGAACAUAUACCUUCUUUCAUAACCUUUCUAUUAAACAUAUUUGAAAAUAAAUUAAAUUUCGAAUUAUGGGUAAUAUAUAUGAAUUCUUUAUAUUUAAUAGGAUCUUAUGUAAAACCUACUAACUAUUAUUUCUUUCUUGAAAAUUAUUUGAAAAAUAAAAUACAAAAUAAAAGCACCACAAUAAAUUGUCUAUAUAUGUUAAACCAAAUAUUUACUGGAACAAUAGAAACGUAUAAAAAUAUUAAGAACAAAGGAUUAACGGAUAAAAAUAUACAUGAGAGCUUUUUAUUGCUAUUGAAUGAUUUAAUAAAAUUAUUCUUUUCCAUUUUAAAUGAACAUGAAUAUAUAGAGAAGUACGUUCUCAUUUUACAGAUAAUACAUACCAUAAUUAUGGACGAAUGUGUUUAUCAACGAAUGGAAGAAAAAAAUAUAAUUUACUUAAUAAUUUUGUUAUAUAUAAUAUUUAAUAAAAUAAGUAGUAUAAGGAAAAACAUAAUGAAGAAAAAAGACAGAAUAUGCAUAAGUAAAAAUUGUUAUAUUUCUGUAGAAAUAUUUGAUCUUCAAUUUUAUAUAGACAGAAUAAAGAAACAGAAACGUUUUGAAAAUCUCGACCUUAGUAAUGACCUUUUGAAUAUUAAAAUAAGCUCAGAGAUUAUUUAUGAAGUAUUCAAAUUUUCAGAUGAUAACAUAAACCAACAAAAAUUAAUUCUAGAAUUAUUAUCAGAUGAUGUGUUGUAUAAUACAUAUUAUGUAUAUUUCUUAAUACAAUAUAUUAUUAAAAAAGAGACGUUUUUUUUUGAUAAUAAUUUUUGUCUGUUUUUAUGUAAUAUAAUAAUAAAAAUUUUUAAUCUUCAUCAAAAUGAAGAGAAUUUAUUUAAAGUUGUAAUUCAUGAAAAAAGUUUAGAAUUAAAGGAUAUUGAAUCUGAGAAUUAUAAAAAGAAUAAAAAUAAAGUGAAACAUUCCUUUUUAGAAUAUGCAAGUACAAUGUUUUUAUUAUAUAUAUUUAAGAAUAUAAACAUAUAUGAAACAUUUGAAAAUAUCAUUAAAAUAUGUCAAAUGAUUUAUCAUCUUUUGAUUGAAAUAAGGAACCCUUACUCAUUUUUAUUUUUUAUUAAAUACACAAGUUUGGUUGAGAAACUUUGUGACAUAUUAGAGUGUAAUGAUGUGAAGAGUAUAUAUUUCUGCAAAUACAUAAUUAAGGAUAUUCAUAUAAAUUAUGAAAAAUAUAUAAAUAAUGAUGGGGAUAUAAGAUAUUUGGAUAAUAUAAAUAUAAAAAGCAAAUUACAUAUCCGUAAAAGAAUAAAUGACCAAAUAGAUCUUUUAUUUUAUUAUAUAAGUGGUUGUAUUUAUAUAGUUUAUUAUAAAUCCUUGUACUGUUUUUCAUUUAUAUUAAAUAAUAUGAAUGAACAGAUAGAAGGAUUAAAUACUCAUCAAUUGUUUUUAUCAUAUUUUCAGAACACACAAGAAAGAAUAUUAAAAAUUAUAAAAAUAAAUCAAAAGAAUAAUUAUGAUAUUUGGAAUACAUACAUGACAUCUAUUCAAGAUAUAUUAAAAAAUCCCAAAUUUUCAGAAUUCUUAUUUUUGAAAAAUUAUAUUUUACAAUCAACAGAUUAUAGUCAACUUAUUAUAAAUAUUCAUAAGUACUACAAACAUUCAUAUGAUUUUUUAAAUAGCAUUAACCUAUUUGUUUUAAAUCCUAUAUUUUUUAAUUAUUUCUAUGAAUAUAAGAAGUAUGAAAAUAUUUUGUAUAAUUCUUUUUUUUCUUGGAACUCAAUAAAUAAUAAUGAAAAUAUAUCAAACGGGGAUAUAAAUCAAGCAUCAAAUGAAAAUGUAAAUAAAAUAACAAAUGGAGAUGAUAAUAAAAUACAACAUAACAAUGAUGACUUUAUAAAAAAUAUGGAAACAUUUUUUAAUUCAAAUAAUAAAAUGAAGGAUAUCAAAUAUAUUAAAUAUGAUGAAACUAAUUUAUUCAAUUAUUUUAAAAAUCACGAUUUCAUUUUAUAUAUGAAUAAAUAUAAAAUUUAUAAUAUUCCAUUUAAAAUAUUAGAAUAUAGAUCAAUCAUAAUUUUAUUGUAUUCUUCUUUAUUAUUUUAUGUUCAUGAUUUUUUUGAAAUAGAUAUAUCUGAAACGGUUAAUUUUUCUUUAAUAUCAAAGAGGGCAAUAGGAUUAUGUGACGAGUUCUUUUUAAAAAAAUAUUCUUAUGUCUGUCAAAAUUUGAAAUCCUUUUUUAAUAUUCUUAUUGUGUUAUGUUUGAAUAAUGAACAUAUAUUGAAAGAUCGCUUAAUAAAAACAGUCGAAGUAAAGAAUGUCAAUAGAAUUAAUCAUAUAGAUAAUAAGUUCUUUCAUAAAAUUGUUCGUAGCCUUAUUAUAGAUGGUGAGGAUAAAAUAUCGAUUGAAGAAUCAUUUUGUGAAUGCAUAAAUUUUAUUCUAAAUAUAUUAUGUAGUUCUUAUAAGGACAUUUUAACCGAUUUAAGAGAUACAUAUAUUAAAACUAAACAUGUAAAAAGAUUAGAUGUUUGCAAUUAUAUAAUUAGGACAUUUUUAUAG